UUAUUAUUAUUAUUAUUAUUAUUGUGAGGUAUUAUUUUCAUAACUUAAAAUAGUACGAUAUCGUAAGUGAUAAGUAUUUAUCAUUCUUAAAUAGUUUACUAAUACUUAGAGCGACUUUAGAUUCUACAUUAUUUCUGUCAUAAAUAGAAUAAAUGCUGCAUUAUACUAUGGCAAUUACAAUUGACUGGAGAGUUAAACGUUUCAAAAUUGUAAUAAUUAUUUACCUAAUGCUAAUCUUCUUCAAAGCUGUUAACACCUUAGCUUACAGUCAGAAUACUGACCUAUACGAAGGCAGUUCCUGCGAUUUAAACGAUAAUAAUAAGAAUGGAAAAUGCGUAAUGCUGCCACAGUGUCCCUUAAUGCUUCAACAGAUCUUAAGGAAGGAACGUCGCACAAGUAAUGACAAACGUUGUGGCUUUAAAGGUUCAAUUGAGAUUGUUUGCUGCUCAGUAGCAGAGAUUGAACGAUAUGGACGCUUUAAUUACUCUAGACUUUACCAAAUUGAGCAAACAACUGUAUUCAGCACUACAAGCAUGCUUCUUUCAUCAAUAAAAAAAAAUUCAAAAACUACUUCAUCUUUAACUCAUCCAGGAGUUCUUAAUUUUCUUCGGCCUGCUGAAAUCGCCUGCACUAGAUACGAGACGGCAAGUACAGGUGAAGAUGCUGGAAGGGUUACCACUUAUAUAACAAAUGGUGAGCGUGCAGCCUUUGCAGAGUUUCCUUACAUGGUGGCUUUGGGAUAUCCAAGAGAUGAUGGUUUGCCACAGCUGAGAUAUAUUUGUGGUGGAACUUUGAUUCAUGAAAAAUAUGUUUUAACUGCAGCCCAUUGCGUUAGUAACUUAGAUAAUGUAGUUCCAGUACAGGUAAAACUAGGUACCACAAAUCUAAAUACUAGCACUGAUGAUGAGCAGAACAUCAAGGUUAAAAAAAUAAUCUAUCAUCCUCAAUACAAGCGGAGUUUCAACUACCAUGAUAUUGCCAUUAUUGAACUACAAAGAGAGGUAACGAUAACUAAAACUGUCAUGCCUCUAUGUCUUCAAUUAAAGCCACUAUCGAAUUUAGAUACAUUAGCAAAUCAAGAUGUGUUAGUUAUGGGUUGGGGAGCAACGAGCUUGGAAGGUGAUGGUAACAACGAAUUACAGAAAACUUCUAGUUUAGCGUAA